AUGAUUCAGCACUUGAUUGAGCGGUGUCUCGUUUUAGAAUUGAGUCAAGCCGAAUGCAUUGUGAGUCUCGCCAGAAGUGCGAGGAUUAAGCCCGCCAUAACCCUUGCUGUGUGGAAUGCUCUCGAGAAAGAAAAUCCUGUUUUUUUUCGAGAGUACAACAAGAAAAGCUUUUCUCCGGCAGCGAGAAUGGCGAGCCGUCGGAGGAGAGUCGCCGCGGAAGAGGAGUACUCGGGCAAAAUACUGCAAUGUCUGGAGCUGUGGCGAAUCUCUUGA